AUGGGGCAGGAUGAUGAGGGGGCGCGGGUGCGGGGCCGCUUCCUUUCGGCCUGGAACAGCGUCCGAUACGGCUGGACGGUGCGAACGAAGACCCACUUCAGCAAACUCUCCCCCCUCCACCUCCUGGGGCGCGCCUACUGCCCGGCAGCCGCCGAGGAGCUGGAGCGCUUCCAGCGGGAUUUCUCCUCCCGGCUGUGGCUGACGUACCGGCGGGAAUUCCCGGCGCUGGAGGGGACCCCCUGGACCACCGACUGCGGCUGGGGCUGCAUGCUGCGCAGCGCCCAGAUGCUGCUGGCCCAGGGCCUCAUCCUGCACCUCCUGGGCAGGGACUGGACGUGGCCUGAGGCGCUGCUGGAGCUGGAACCGGAGCCGGUGACCGGGUCGGCGGCCGAGGGACCCCCGGGACGGACACGGGACCCCCCAGGACGGACACGGGACCCCCGGGAGACGGAGCAGCGGCACCGCACCAUCGUGGCCUGGUUCGCCGACCACCCCCGGGCGCCUUUCGGCAUCCAUCGUUUGGUGGAGCUGGGUCGGAACGCCGGGAAAAAAGCCGGGGAUUGGUAUGGCCCUUCCAUCGUCGCCCACAUCCUUCGGAGGGCGGUGGAAACCUGCCCGGAGACCAGCGGCCUUUCGGUCUACAUCUCCCAGGAUUGCACCGUUUACAAAGGGGACGUCGCCAGCCUGGUGCAGGGUGACGCCGAACGAACCGCGCCGGAGCCCGGGCAGCGCCGAGCCGUCGUCGUCCUGGUGCCGGUGCGGUUGGGGGGCGAGAGCUUGAACCCCGUCUACGUGGAUUGCGUCAAGGAGCUGCUGAAGUUGAAAUCCUGCGUGGGCAUCAUCGGCGGCAAACCCCGGCACUCCCUUUACUUUGUCGGCUUCCAAGAUGAUUUCUUGCUCUACCUGGACCCCCACUACUGCCAGCCCUUCGUGGACACCUCCCGGGAGAACUUCCCCUUGCAGUCCUUCCACUGCGGCUCCCCGCGGAAAAUGGCCUUCGGGAAGAUGGAUCCCAGUUGCACCAUCGGCUUCUACGCCGCCGGCGGGCCGGAUCUGGAGGAGCUCUGCUCCGACCUCACCCGCGUCCUGACCCCCCCCUCGGCGCCGGAGCGCUACCCCAUCUUCACGGUGGCGGAGGGUCAGGCACAGGACCACGGCCUGGAGCCGCUCGGCUCCCGGCCCCCCCCGCCGCCGCCGCCCCCCCGCGCCGGCAAGCGCCCCAAAAAACCCGGCGCCGACGAGUUCGUCUUCCUCUGACCCCCCCAUACACUGGAUCGGGCCCCCCCCCCUGCACCGGGGCGGUGGUGCCGCGGUUUGGGGGGCCGUGGGGAUACACCCCCCCCCCCCUCAGGGUUAGGGCUGUUUUGGUUCACUACUGCGCCGCGCCGGGACCGGAGCUCAGGGCCGGUGUUUGCCGAAUCCCGGCACGGGGAACCCCCCUCCCCCCCCCCCCCCCGUCGUGGUGUUUUUUGGCCGUCACACGCUGCUCGCGGCGAGGGGGGGCGUUAUUUAUUGCUCCGCUCAGGACCCCCCCUCGUCCGUCUGUCCGUCUCCCCACCAGAUUAAAGAUGAACUUGAACCGGA